CAAAUUCACCAUUCCACUAAUCCACAAUAUCCUAAAUUUUGCCAUAAAACUUGAUUGAUCACAAUGGGAAAUAAAAACAAACACUUGGUGUGCAUUUUCAAAAGCCAAAAAUGAGUUAAAACUCUAACCCAAAAUUUACUUUCCUACACCUCAGUGGGGACCCUUUUGCGUGUUCCCUUUCGUAGUCGGCCUGGCGUGGCUGGAUUUUAUUUCAUAACGAAAGUAUAAGUAGUCCAAUGUAGUCUGUACUCUGCAGUAUUGGGUACCGGAAUUUUUUUUUUUUGGGGGCAUUAAUGGUGAUUAGACAGAGGCAGGCUAUGCGUUGUCUCCUUUUUUAGAGUUUACAGAAGAAACCCCUUUCGCUUAUUUAAAACUCUGUUCUCAUUCAAUUCAAUAUUCGAUUUGCUUUCCAUUAGCUAUUCAUCUAUGACUGAACAGAUGAAACAAGGUUCGAAGCACCAUUCAGAGAGAAGUUGGGCUGAAUUGUGUUGUUUCGAUUGGUCGUGCAUACAGCUGUUCUGGCCUAGAGUGGUGAUGCGCAAAUGGUUGAACAUCAGUGACAAGAACUCAGAUUACAGCGCCGACCCUGAAGAAGAUGACGACGACGAUAAUGAUUCCGAUUCGGAUAAUGAACGUUCAACAAAAUCACGGUUUGGUAGAGAGAACGAAGAAGAUGAUCGAAUGGAUGAUCCUAAUGAUACUCUUCCAAGGCUGCGAAGACGAAAAUCAGAAACAUUUAGGGCACAAUAUAUAAACUCAAAGGAACUCAGAAUAAGCGUCGGGACAUGGAAUGUAGGAGGAAAACUUCCCCCAGAAGACCUAGACAUUGAUCAGUGGCUUGGUAUCAGUGACCCAGCUGACAUUUAUGUGCUUGGGCUUCAAGAGAUUGUGCCACUAAAUGCUGGAAACAUCUUUGGCGCCGAAGACAAGCGUCCGGUUGCAAUGUGGGAAAAUAUUAUUCGAGAAACACUUGAUAGAAUACGACCUACAACACACAAGAUUAAAUCCUUCAGUGAUCCUCCAUCUCCUUCAAAGUUUAAGCCAUCUGAUGAUAUACCUGAUAUAGAAGAAGAGAUACUGGUUGAUAGUGAUAGUGAUAGUGAUUUCAAUGACGAACUCUAUGAUAUUGGUGAAGAAGUCCAUCCAUUAAUAAAUGAAGAAGCCCCAGAUCACUACUGGAACUGCAAGGAAGGUGAAGGAACAGAUCAAAUCACAAGUGAAAAUGUGAAUUUGGAUUCUGCAAUGGUUGGUAAAGAGAAGCUCAGCAGGCAAUUUUCUUCUUCAAAGAGGUUGAAUCGAAUAAAUUGUUUGCGAAAUGAUGGUGAUCUAAUAUUAGAACAAGGUCAAACUAAUGUGAAAUUAACGAAGACGCUUAGUGGAACUGAAAGGAUCGGUUUAAGCUGGCCAGAGCCUCCAUUAAACUUGCUAUCACAACAUUUGUUAGCAAGAACAAGUUCUUUUAAGCCAUCUAAAUCAUUCAAAGUAUCAAAGUCUUUUAGAACAUAUACUUCUUUCAAGUCAACAGAUGGAGCAGCAGACCUAGCUUUGCUUGCAGAAAUUGAUCUUGAAUCUCUCAUGAAGCGAAAACGAAGAUCAUCAUUUGUAAGGAUAGUAAGUAAGCAGAUGGUUGGUAUUUUCCUUACCAUAUGGGUCCGUAGGAACUUGCGAAGACACAUUCAGAACGUGAAGGUGUCCACUGUUGGUGUUGGUGUUAUGGGUUACAUUGGUAACAAGGGAUCAGUUUCUGUGAGCAUGUCCAUAUAUCAGACAAUGUUUUGUUUUAUAUGCACUCAUUUGACAUCGGGUGAAAAAGAAGUAGACAAACUUAAAAGAAAUACUGAUGUCCAAGAAAUACAUCGGAGGAGUCACUUUCAUUCACUUUCCUCUAUUGGCCUUCCCAAAAGCAUCCGUGACCACGAAAGAAUUAUUUGGUUAGGGGAUUUGAAUUACCGAAUCAAUUUGCCGCAUGAAAAAGUACGAGAACUAAUUUCCAAGAAGAAGUGGGCUGAGUUGAUUGAAAGUGACCAGCUUGUUCGAGAGCUUAGAAAAGGUCGGGCAUUUGGUGGAUGGUCUGAGGGUGCUUUAAGAUUUCCACCAACAUAUAAAUAUGAGAUCAAUUCAGACAGGUACAUUGGAGAUGAACCAAAAGCUGGGAGACGCACUCCAGCAUGGUGUGACCGCAUUCUUUCUUAUGGUAAAGGAUUGAGGCAAUUGAGCUAUAGACGGACAGAACUUAAACUUUCUGAUCAUCGCCCCGUGACAGCCACGUACUCGGUUGAAGUUGAGGUGUUUUCUUCUCGGAAGCUACAACGUGCCCUCACAUUUACUAACGCAGAGAUUGAGAAUGAAGAUAUUGUAACAGAAAUUGAUACUAAUGUUGGAAUGAGCAGUUUACAUUUGAUACAGCGAAUGAGACGAACUCGAGCUUUGACCCAAAGAUCUUCCAUGUCAAGCCUCCUCACCAAAGAACAGAAACACAUGAAAUGUCCAACUGGGAACGUUAAGGGAAGCUAACCUCAGAGAAAACAGUAAAGAGAGUUUGACUGAGAGGGAGAGUUUGUGAGAUAUUCAAAGAAAUACUAUUACCCAUUUAGUUCAUUCUUUUGCUUAUCAUUUUUUUGUCACCAUUUCCACUACUAGUGUGUAUAUUCCAAUUAGUAUGUAAAUUAGUAGGGUUUACUAUAUUACUGAGUCAGAUAUCUUAAUCAGAAAAACAUUGUAGCAAUAUUGAGUUGUAUUUGUUAUGUGUGUAUAAAUGUGUGAAGUCUAAUAAUACCAUUAUAACCUUUCUUUGAUUGUA